ACCGGAAAAGAGAAACAUAAAUAGGAUUCAUAUUCCGUUCAUUUUCUCGCAAGAUCCACCGUCCCUCCAAGCCACCGUCUCACCAGAGUCCAGAACCAGAACCACUCCAAAGCGCAGAAGCUCUUUCUCCCGCCAUUCGUGCACCCUGAGCAGAGGUCUGCCCUCCACAACUGAACUGAGAUUUGAAUCGCCGAUCGCCGGAAUUUUCGAGAUUCUGCAGAAAGCUACGUACGGUAUUCUGCCUCCUUCCCCUGGAUCCAGUCCUGAGAGCGGCGGAAGUAGCAGCAGCAGUAGUGGCACGAGGAGGAGAGUUAGAGUGUAAGAGGAAGGAAAGAUGAAUAUAUUCAGAUUAGCUGGUGAUAUGACUCACCUCGCCAGCGUUCUCGUCCUGCUGCUCAAGAUCCACACCAUUAAGUCUUGUGCUGGUGUCUCUUUAAAGACCCAGGAACUAUAUGCACUUGUUUUUAUCACUCGCUAUUUGGACAUGUUUACCUCUUUUGUAUCCAUCUAUAAUACCAUCAUGAAGUUAAUAUUCUUAGGAAGCACAUUCUCAAUUAUAUGGUACAUGAAACACCACAAGCUUGUCCGGAGAUCUUAUGAUAAGGAUCAAGAUACCUUCCGCCACUGGUUCCUCGUCCUCCCUUGUCUGCUCUUGGCCCUUCUUAUUCACGAGAAAUUCUCAUUUCUGGAGGUGAUGUGGACAUUUUCCAUAUUCCUAGAAGCAGUUGUCAUACUUCCUCAGCUUGUACUGUUGCAGCGAACCAGAAAUAUUGACAAUUUGACAGGUCAAUAUGUGUUUCUGCUGGGUGCUUACCGGGCCCUUUAUAUACUCAACUGGAUCUAUCGUUACUUCACAGAGCCGCACUAUGUUCACUGGAUAACUUGGAUUUCAGGGCUCAUACAAACGUUGCUGUAUGCCGACUUCUUUUACUAUUACUUUGAGAGUUGGAAGAACCACAAGAAGCUCCAGUUACCAGCAUGAGUGAUUUCGUAUGCUAGCUGAAGAUUUGUAGGCUCGUGCAACCCGUGGAGACAGGAUUCGUUUUGGGAACAGUCAAGUUUUGUUGUUGCUGUUUAUGGACUUCUGUCCUUUUCACUGUCUAAUGAUGGUUGAACCCAUAGCAGUUCUAAACUAAGGACAUGCACUUUAAGAGAUGUCUACUCCGGUUGGUUUUGUCCUCUCAGAAUACUAUGACCACUGCGAGACCGCACACAAAAUCAUUGCUUGAUUUGGUAGAAAGCAUGGCCAUAACAUCGGAAACAGCAGGAAACAACAGAAGCGUAAUCACACGACUCUUUGAAACUAUUACAAAAUCCAGCGUAUUGUUAGAACAGAACCAAACUUCCAGUUUCGAUGUCCAUCAGCUCUCUCAAGGCAUAUAAUAAUCCCCGUCCCUUACUACUACUACGUACAAGUUAAAGCCAUCCUCGGAAACCACCCGUCUGGUGCAGCAUUGCAUCAAUUUCAUCUCCAUCUUCCAUUUCAAGCUCGUCUGGGGUCUGGUCGACACGCAGCCUACGACCAUCGAACAGGAACGCGAUGGAGUUGAGGUCCACCGACUGUCUAUCGCAGUAUGCUGUCAUCAAUUUGCGAAGCUGGGUGCUGCGCUUGAUCCUGAAGAACACCUCGUUCCCAUCCUGCAAAAUCAAGACAUUGUUAGGUAAAUAAAAACAGAAAACACCAACAAGGUAGGAGCUAGUUGGAAAGUACUGAAUACAAGCAGAAUGCCAAAUCACCCAAGUACCAAGUUAAGAUAAAAGCAAGCAACCCAUUUCAUCUGGAGGAUCAAAGAUGCAGUCGCAGCCACCAAUUUAUCUAGCAGUGAACAGAACAACAUCCCAUAUAUCCUGAUUUCAAAAUCACUACUUGUUUCCUGGCAACUAGUUUUUUUCUUCUUCUUUUCCUAGCUGCGAGUAGAGGAGGACAAGGCAACAUGAAGCCCAUUACUCAAAAGCUCAUGUUCCCAUAGCAAAUCAAUCUCAAGCAUAAACGAACGAGACCCAGUCCUGCUUUAGUAAAACCUAACACAGGAUUCCGCUGCAAACCAAGCUAAUGGACACGGCUAACAAAAACUCCAAAUUGAACCCUCAAAACAAACCAGCAGCAGGAAUCAAAAUUCCACAGGCCAGCAUCCAUCAGUUGGCCGACGGAGAAAUCAGACAGUAAAACCAGAUGAUUACCUGGCCCUUGACUUUGAGGUUGAUGUGACCUCCCUGAUCCCCGGGCUUCUUGUCUUCCUCCUGCCCGCCGCCGCCGGUAGCCGACAUAUCUCGUAUCCGCCUCUCUUUUCUUUCUUCCGUCAACCGUCCGAUCUUCUCUGCGACUUCCGAAAGCGAAACGCCAAACUCUGUAUCUCCCAGCGCAGUCACUCUGGUGGUAGAAAUAAUGAAUAGCAAUUGAUGUAGGGAGGAGAGCGCAGAAGAAAAGAGAUAAUUGUCGACUGUGGUCUGUGGGUCCGGCUCCAAACGAGAGAGCUGAAGUUUUUUCGCGUUACAUU